CACAAAACAAACACCAUCUCAGACCUGAGAAACUGAGAAGUGAAUCACAUACGGUAUCACCUAGAGCUUGAAAAAUGCCUGCAAAAGGAAUGAGAAGCCUUUUCUUUCACGGAAAAGCACCAUCCUUUUCAUUUUCAUCUCACUCUUCCCCAUCAAGAAGCUCCAUUUCAUUUCCAACCCCACAGCGCAACAGCAGCGCUGCUUCUAACAUUUCGGAGACGAUGGUGGAGGAGAUCUUGGAAAACGCAGCCGUUAUGAUCAUGAAAUGGAACCCGGAAUCUUCUGCAUUCGGGAAACUCACCUCCUUAUUCUACGAGAGCAAACCGGAAGCUCGACAAUUCAUCAAGUGCGUGAACGACCUUCAGAGAGUCAUGCAUGUCUUGGUCUCAGAGGAUCCCACCUCCGAGAAGCUCGUUCAUUCCCAUAACCUCAUGCAGAUUGCCAUGAAGCGUUUACAGAAGGAGUUUUACCAGAUUCUGUCCAUGAACCGAGCUCACUUGGAUCCCGAAUCAGUUUCGUCCCGGUCCAGGUCUUCCCGCUCAGCUUCCAGCACGUCGGAUGACGACAUCGAUGACGGAGAGGACGCCGAUUUGGCCGGAUAUUCCAUCUCCGAAGUGGAACAUGUUUCUUCCAUCGCCAUGGCUGACCUCAAAUCCAUAGCGGAAUGCAUGAUCUCCUCCGGUUACGCAAAGGAGUGCGUUCACAUCUACAAUAUGAUCAGAAAAUCAAUCAUUGACGAAGCCAUGUACAAGCUUGGAGUCGAGAGAAUUUCCUCUUCUCAGAUCAACAAGAUGGAUAGGGAAAUUGUGGAGCUCAAAAUCAAGAAUUGGCUGAAUGCAGUGAAGGUGUCUAUGACAAUACUCUUCAACGGAGAGCGGAUCCUCUGCGACCACGUUUUCGCAAUCUCAAAAUCCGUAAGAGAGUCUUGCUUCGCUCACAUAGCAAGAGAAGCCGCCACUCUUCUCUUCGGUUUUCCUCAAGUACUCCUCACCAAGACCAAGAAGAGCUAUCCAGAAGAAACCAUCUUCCGUCUUCUCGACAUGUACACCGCAAUCUCCGAACACUGGCCGGGGAUAGAAUCCAUCUUCGGUUUUGAGUCAACCGCCACAGUUCGGUCUGAAGCGAUCAACUCGCUCGUCCGACUCAGCGAGUCAGUUCGCUCAAUGCUUUCCGAAUUUGAGAUCUCUAUUCAGAAAGACUCAUCAAAAUCCGCGGUCGCCGGCGGCGGAGUCCAUCCUCUGACUCUCCGUGUGAUGAGUUACCUUUCUCUCCUCACCGAUUACAGCAACGUCCUGGCUGACAUUUUCAUUGACUGGACACCACCGGCGAAGCUGCCCCAGCCGGAGUCUGAAGACACGUCGGUGUCGACGGCUAUAUCUCUCCGUAUGGUCUGGCUCAUACUAGUCCUUGUUUGCAAGCUCGAUGAAAAAGCCAAACAGUACAAGGAAGUGUCCCUAUCUUACCUCUUCCUCGCAAACAAUCUCCAACACGUAAUCUCUGCAGUUCGGACUUCAAAUCUGCAGUACCUUCUCAGCGGGGAGUGGACGUCAAAGCACGAAGCGAAGGUUAGACAGUUUGCUGCGAACUACGAGAGGUUAGCUUGGGGGGUCGUGCUCUCAUCGUUGCCUGAAAAUAUAUCAGCAGAGAUGUCUUGGCAGGAAGCGAGGUUAUUUUUCCGCAACUUCAAUUUCAGUCUCGAGGAAACGUAUCAGAAACAGAAGUUGAACGCGGUACCUGAUGCGAAACUCCGAGACGACAUCAAGGCGUCUGUAACGAAGAAGCUUGUCUCGGUUUACAAGGAGUUUUACGAUAUGCAUAAGGUUUCGGUUGGUGGUGUGAGAAAUGCGGCGAUGUAUGUCAGAUUUACUCCGGAAGAUGUUGCACAUUAUUUAUCGAACUUGUAUUAA